AUGACGACAGUAUACCAUCGGGCCCCCGCACGCCGCAGGACCCGUGUCAGUUGCACCGCUACACCACAACACCACAACACUUGCACCUUGUCACACUGCCUCGUUGCUCUAGUGCUCGAUGACGACAGUAUACCAUCGGGCCCCCGCACGCCGCAGGACCCGUGUCAGUUGCACCGCUACACCACAACACCACAACACCACAACACUUGCACCUUGUCACACUGCCUCGUUGCUCUAGUGCUCGAUGACGACAGUAUACCAUCGGGCCCCCGCACGCCGCAGGACCCGUGUCAGUUGCACCGCUACACCACAACACCACAACACCAAAACUUGCACCUUGUCACACUGCCUCGUUGCUCUAGUGCUCGAUGA